UUUGGUGUGGUUAUAUGUGCCGUGGCCAGUUCGCAGUGAUGCGCUCGGCAGAGACCUAAAUCUUCUCGCUCGUCCACACUGCAUCACUCACACACAAGCAACCCGGACUCCAUUAAGGGCAAACAUCGGAAAGAGGACAGCCAUCUGAAGCCAUUUUCUUCCAGCAGAGAAACAGGGGUAAUCGAGUUAGAAUACAAAUUACUACCGUUUGUUUCCACUGUUUGUCUGCAUGUACGCUGCUUGCAAUUUGUGAUAUGCAUCUGGUCGGCAUUAUGUGAGGAGCCGGCCGAGAGGGAACAAUUUGUUCUGUAAACGAUUCCUGGGCCUGCAACCCGCUGAGGUCAGAUGCGCAGGACGCUAUCACAGCCUUUCCUCAUGAACAAAUGUCAGCACAGCGCUAGGACAAGGUGACACCGUCUUGAAACAACAAACAUGGAUGCUAUAUCGUUUUGUGCACCACUGGCGGUGCUACUACACGUAAUGUUUUCCAUCUUUGCGCAAGGUUGCCUUGCGUCCGAGGCCGAGGAAAGGCUUUUUAACACACUGUUCACGGGCUACAAUCGGCUCAUCCGUCCAGUCAGAAACAACACGGAAACGCUAGUGGUCGACUUCGGACUGACAAUGUCCCAACUCAUCGACGUAGAUGAGAAAAAUCAAAUAAUGACAACGAACGUGUGGCUUAAACAGCAAUGGAACGACUACAAGCUAACUUGGAAUCCAGACGAUUAUGACGGUAUCAGUAUUCUUCGAGUCCCAGCCCUUAUGAUUUGGCUUCCAGAUAUUGUUCUUUACAACAAUGCUGACGGAAAAUACGAAGUGACUUUAAUGACUAAAGCUCUUGUGUAUUCCGAUGGGACAAUAUAUUGGCUUCCACCGGCCAUCUACAAAAGUUCGUGUAAAAUAGAUGUGCGGUACUUCCCCUUUGACGAGCAAGAGUGCAUCAUGAAGUUUGGCUCCUGGACUUAUGACGGCCUGCUGAUUGACUUGAUGCCCCUGGGCGGGCCUGACGUGGACCUGGAAGACUACUGGCCGAGCGGCGAGUGGUAUAUCAUCGGUACGCCUGGUACCAAGAACACGGUGAAGUACCCCUGCUGUGACGAGAUCUACACGGACAUCACUUUCAACAUGAUCAUCCGCAGGAAGCCGUUGUUCUACACGGUCAACUUGAUCCUGCCCUGUGUGCUCAUCUCCUUCCUGACGGUGUUGGUGUUUUAUCUCCCCUCGGACUCCGGCGAGAAGAUCACGCUGUGCAUCUCGGUGCUACUGGCGCUGACUGUGUUCCUGCUACUGAUCGCCGAGAUCAUUCCCCCUACCUCCUUGCUCAUCCCGCUCAUCGGCCGGUAUCUUCUCUUCACAAUGGUCUUGGUCACCCUGUCCAUUGUCAUCACUGUCAUCGUCCUCAAUAUCCACUACCGGGCUCCCAGCACGCACAUCAUGCAACCCUGGGUACGCCGCGUCUUUCUGGAAAUCCUGCCUCCCCUUUUGUACAUGAAGCGCCCGCAACGGUACCCCAGCAAGGUGAACAAAAACACGCAGAGAGACCCCAAUUACUUCGAGCUGAAAGAAGUCGUCCACAAGGACGCAGACUCGACUCGGAGUAACGGUCGGGACAUUUACGACAACCAUCAUCCAGGCUUCAAGCUCAGGACGCUAUCGGACGACGUGGCUGGUAGUGAUGGCGAAUCCACCAAAUCUUCCGGCGGUACCCGUUAUUCGAAGGAGUUUAAACAAGCCGUUGACGGCGUGCGGUUUAUUGCGACACACUUCAAAACCGAAGAAGAUUACAGCAGGAUGACAGAUGAUUGGAAAUACGUUGCCACGGUGAUUGACCGGAUCUUCCUAUGGGUGUUCCUCAUCUGUGUCAUAUGUGGUACCAGCGGUAUCAUCCUAUCCGCACCCCUUAUAUUCGAGGAGGUCAAGGAACAACAACGCGCGUAGCCAGGCUUUUGUUUGCCACAUUCGCGCUUUUCCUUUUUAUGGUCAAGGUUACAUGAAAACACUUCAAGGAUGAUUGUCGAUUGGGUAAUGUUUGAAAAAAAUCCCUCACAGAAUCCAAAAUGACAAACUAACAUCUCUAUUCGCCGAACCUCGCCAAAGCGCGCGUGUACAACAGCGUUUAGAGUUUCAACAAAUGUGAAGGGAAACAAUUUUCACCUUCUACAUUUUCGUCGUGCCGAUUCCUUUCAAUCAGUGCUCCAAUUUUAGCGACCCUCGGCUGUGCCACUUGCUAUACAGGACAAUUAACAGAUAUCGGAUUGGAGGAUUUGCGGUGCACUUUUACUUGGGUGGUGAGGCAAGAGUCCUGCCAAAGGAAGUAAGCAUUAGACCAGCAAGACAGCGUAACAAGUUCCGACCGACUUGGAUAUUUUACUCCAUGUGUAUCCUAGAGUUGAUCGGACGAGGAUUUGUUUUGUGUGUGAAGCGUCGCUUUUGUUUGUGGUACCACAGCAUAACCGACGGUAACAGAUUUCAGCGACAGCCCUUGCUAUCUAGGAAGUCAGAAGAGCAAAACUGAUCCGACAAAAGGACGGAAGAGCUUUUGGCUCCAGAAAUGAAGGUCGAUUUGAAACCACCAACCACGGGAUUAAGCCGCACAAACUUGUACAUAAUACGACAGACUUGGUGCUUAUGCCACACACUGCUGUUCGCUUCUUGUAGGGAACUACGAAACUAUACGAGGAUCGGAAUUUUUUGUUUCUUCCAACGGUGGUAAAAAACCGUCAACGAGUUGUGUAAGAUAAUUGAAUUAAAUUACAUGCUUUUGGACUACAAUUGACCGAUUUUAACUUUGAUAAAAGUUACUUGGAGUAUUUUGUUCUUUCAAAUAAUUUUUAAUGGAUGAAAAGGCGUUGAGUGGAGGAUUGCGCUCAAAUUGUAAGUUCCGCAGGUGGAGUUCGACUGCACGGUAGUUCAGUCUGAAGAUGGGGGCGCUGGAGUCGUGGUGGCGCUUUUCAUACAGAAUGGCGGCCAUUGGAGAAACCGUUUCACCUGAAUGCCCCUGUAUGCCAGUCGAAUCCACAGGAGGAUCUUGUAAACAGCGCCGUCAUUCGUUGCAUUUUGUCUCACUGCUGGUGGUUUUCACAUGGUGAUUCGUACAAAGGUUAGCCAAAAAUUAAGCAGAAUUUGAUGUUGGUGUUGUGACUACCUUAUCUUUGUUGUCCUGACUUCACUGCAAGAAAGCUGUGUAUUAGGGUCAGGCGACUGAUAUUUUCAGAGGGCUUAACUAGUGAUUUUUGUUUCAAUUUAAACGUCUUGUAAAUAAACCCUAAAAUAACAGCAGACAUUGUUAGAUUUUUUAAUGUAUAAAGAUGACUUUGCAAUAUGAGUGAAUUAUUAUAGAGUGGCAGGACCCACGGUUCACUUUUGUAGUUGUAAAAUUUCUAAUAAUCCGGUAUUUUUGGCAGGCCUGGUUUUUUGGGUUCCAGUGCAGAUCUCUCUGUCAGCCUCGAGCGACACUGUGGCAAAUAAGCAAUUAAGCAUGAAAGCAGUAUACAUAUUUUUCAUGGAGAGUUGGACAGUCACAUUUAAAAAAAAAAGUAUUCAUUUGUCUUGUUGCAGACAUGUUCUUAGGCCUUUCCUUGGCAAGUCUUUCGGAUGGAAUUAAAGUAUUUAUUCUGUGAAUGUUUAUCGGUUUUUGUAAAUACGCAGGGGGAGUAUACCGAUUGGUGAAAUGGAGGACCGCUGCGGCGUCUAUUUGUAAUACUGAUUAUCAUUUCAAAAAUAAUGACGGUGGUGAUACGGGUUUGAAGGGCAGUCGGUUCAUUUAUGUAAAACAGCUACAUAUAGGCUACUGAUGCAUUUCAUACUACCAUAAACUAUCAUUCAUACAGUGUACUAUAUUGCAUGUAAAAGCGUAUGUAUUCUGCUAAAUAAACUGUUUUUCCUGAUGUCGCUGGAGAGACGGGUAAGGCGAUCGCUUGCAGUGCGCGUCCUAACAAACUACAGCUAGAUUCCUGGUAUAUGAGGUUUCCAGUCUGUGUCUGAGACUUUCUUGUUUAAAUUGAGUCGUUUCCUGUUUCAUUACCAGGUGUCGCCAAGGCUCAUGUUAUGAAACGUGGUCCAUUAUUUACGAACCGUCUGCUCUAAACCGUAGAGAGGGUUGCCGACAAGGAUCAAAAGGUGUCUCAUCAGUGAAAGGAGGGGGGGUCAGUUGUUCUCACAGAGAAUUUUCACCGCUCUUAGAAAAUGCAAGCAGAGCAUUUUACCGGGUCAUCAUUCACGGACUGGAUAUUACAAUGAGCCCGGUGCACACUAUAACAAUAAGCCAGCUUACGUUCUUUUUUGUUCAAACACUGCAACAAGCGCUUUCCUCCUCUUCCCUUUUCCCUGUCCUUAAAAGUUUCAGGGGAAUCAGUUCUUCGGUGAAAAUCACACUGACAGAAAAAUACUUGCUUUUAAUAUGUUCCCAUAGUUUGAAAUGUGGAGACAGAUGAAAUAUCACCUGGGGGCAUUUGUGUGAGUUCCGUUUGUGCAGCCGUUCCUAUCAGAAAGUUCCAACGGAUGCAGAAUGUUUUUAAGUUUUGUUUAAAUGACCUUCCAAAUCUUCUGUAAGUAAACAUUAAUGUGUUUCGUGGCGACUUUUUUGAAAAAAAAAUCAGGGUAGAUCCAGGAUUUACCAAAGGGAUUGGGGCCGUGAAAUACAGCAGCAAUGUUAUACUGCCCGCGAGCGUGUAGCGCCAUGACGGUGUGGGGUCCAAGGCCUGCUUAGGGGCCCAGGGAAAGUUUGGAUUCGAUGCGCUCUGUGGUGCGAUUCAGGCAGUAUGAGCUAGCUUCGUCUUACCCUUUCCUCUUUUUCUUCUCUUUUUAUGUAUUUAUUUUUUGGUGAAAGGGAAGGGGGCGUGCUUCUCCACGCCCCCUGGAUCCUCCCCCCGGUAGAUUGACAAAAUGUCCAGCUUUUUUUCAUACGUCACUGUCUGAAGUCGAACGAAGGUUUACAUAAAGGAAUUUUGUUGAUAAGCAGAGGGAUCUGGCUAGUGGAGGAGGUCAUUGUCCUAUGCCGCUUUGAGUCACAGCUCAACCCAAUAUGGAAUAUUCGGGCAGUCUGAUAGUGAGUUUAAAAAUAAGGUGACGCCAAUACACCUUUUUGUCACCUUUUACUCACCGUUACUCAUCUGUAUGAGUACAUUUGCCCGUUGGUGAUAUUUUCACUUUUUGCUUGGAUUUGGAUAUUUCAUCUCAGAAGUUUAACUGUAUUGACAAAACACUUGGCUCUGAGAACUGUCAAAAUGUGGGAGUUGCAUUCAAUCUGAUUCCCUACAGUCCUUUUAAACGACAAGAUUAAGUUUCUCAUCCAGACGGCUGCACGGUAAAGAGGUCAGUCAUUUGUCGAAAAUGAAAAGCUCAGAGCUAUAGCACCAAUGACACUCUCUUUACGUUUUUAUCUAGUCAAUAAUAUGUCAGCGACUUCAUCUAAACGAAAAGUAUGUGAUAUUUACUGAUGAGUUGUUAAGGAUGUUUCUUUGAUCUUUGAACAAGAAACUAUCUCCAAUCACCGUGCAUCCAAUGCAAGCAAUACUCCUGGUUUCUUAGAACAUUAAAAUACACCUUUGAGCAUUGCUGUAGUCGAACCUGAAAGACACGUCUCUACGGAUAAGCGGAUGAAUGCAGAUAUUCGAUACCAUGCAAGCAGUGUUUGUUAAGUUCAGUUGUUCGGCCUGUCCCAAUAAAGACUGCAGAGAUUCGAAAAAUAUGUCUCAGCAGCGGGAGGCAAUCAGUGUUUUCGAACUGAUUUGUAUAUUUCCAGAUUGAUUCGUGUAAUGGUUGGUGUUUAUUGCCCUUGUUUACUUGCUUUCAUCUGUUUUUGACUGCCAGUCUCUUCAGACCAGGACAAUGCCUGAAAAUUUAACUUAAUCUUUUAAAUUCAUGUGUUUACUUUACACGAAGCAUGCGCCUUUGAGUUUGAACACCGGUUGAAUUGUAUACAACCGCCGGUCGGCUAUUAAUAAUUUGUUUUAUAUCGAUAACAAAUACUUCUACGUCAGUUGACAAUGAUAGGGUGAAGAAACUUAUGACGGAUACCAAAAUCGGAGGAAAGUUUAUGGACCUUCUUACUAAUAAAUUCAUCAUGCACACAUGCGCACAAAUGGCUUUGGCGGCCAGAAGUGUAUGUGGGCUAUUGAAAAUGUACAGGGGUGCGAUUUUGACCAUUUUCUCUCAGGUUUUCCGGCUUUGUUAAGUUUUUUCUUCAGAAA